AUGAGAGCCGCCUUCAGAUUGCUCAAAGGAAGAUCAGCAUGGAAAGGUCCUCAUGUGGUGCCUUUGCCUCUCGCUGAUGCCAUGAAAACUGGCACACCAAUCAGAACCAACGCUCGUAGUUGCACGAUUCUUCCUCAGUUUGUGGGAUUGAAGUUCCAGGUCCAUAAUGGAAAGGAAUACGUGGAGCUUGAAGUAACAGAUGAGAUGGUGGGAAGUAAAUUGGGAGAGUUUGCUCCAACGAGAAAGAGAUUUACUUAUAAAUAUUCGAAGAACUAG